AUGAACAUGGUCUCGACCAACUGCAACGUCUACAGCAAUGAGCAAGUGCCCCAAAAUGGUGAGUUGUACUCUUUUCCAAUCAAUUUUCAUUUCUUCCUUUCAGCUCCAACUAUGUCUGUGCCUGUAAACGGACAUCAGCCACCUGUGGUCUAUCUGCUGGAUAAGGAGCAGCUGUGGUCAAAGUACUUCGGGAUGCCGAACGAGAUGAUGGUGAUCAACACCGGCCGCGAACUGUUCCCCAAGUUGAAGUACGGUGUGAAGGGACUCAACCCUAAUGCCGUUUACACCAUUUCCAUCGUUCUGCAAAGAAAGAGUGAUAAUAUCAUGAAAUACGAGGAGGGGGAGUGGAAGGAAUCUUCGAAGCCAGUUGACGGUCCGGAGUACACAAACUGCUUUACUUUGGGGUCCAUGAGAGGACAUCAAUGGAUGAAUGCUGGCAUAGAUGCUGAAGAUUUGAAGAUCUACAACGCUGCCAAUCCGAAGAAGGUCGGAGGCAAGCCGGUCGAUCCGAACGAUCGUUUGGCAGCUGCGAGAGCGGCUGCGAAGGCCCAGAAACUGAGGGAGACACAGGCGAAAAGCGUAAGUUUUGACUAUUUCCAGGAAAAGUAUUCAAUGUUUCUGUUACAGAUUGAGGUCAAAACAUUGACAAAGUACUUGCCGGUUGUGACCAUCUGGGAAUGGUUUCCGGACGGAACGGGGCGAACCGUCCAGUCGUUUUCUGCUCCUGAAACCCAGUUCCUCACUUGCACUGGUUACAAGGUAUGGUUGAACCUUCCGAGUCUUUGGUUUAACUCUUCAUGCUUUCAGAACCCAACCAUUUGCGACAUGAAGUCGAUUGACAAUAAGUACGUCACCAAGAAGGUCAAAAACACCAAGGCUGGAGUUCCACGCGUACCGGACGCUCCCAGUCCUGUCAGCACUGCAGCUCCGUUCCAGAUGGAUGGCCAAGGAACUUCGGAUGUCGUCCGAUGGGAUCCCGAUAGUCCCACGAACAGUUCCGGCUACUCUUCCGACCGCACCUCGUACUCUCCGGAAUUCGUUAACGCCCCCUCAACUCAGCACUACGUCCCCACCCCCGCCCCACAUCACUACGUCCCCACUCCUGCUCCACAUCACUACGUCCCCACUCCGGCUCCAUAUCACUACGACCCCACUCCGGCUCCGCAUCAUUACGUCCCCACUCCAGCUCCACACCAUUACGUCCCCACUCCAACUCCAUAUCACCCCAUUCCUUACCCUCCUGCCCAACCCGAUCUCAACUACUCUCAUGUUCAAUUCGAACAUUCCCCAGAAGACCACAUGUUAUUCCACUAUUGA